GAGGGCGCUAAAGCUUUCAGGAUACAAAAAUGGAUUGCCUUCAUCGUAUAAUGAGCAGUUUGAUAUUACUCUUUUUGGUAUUUUUUCUGUAUUCUCUUGCAAGUGAUGGCUCGGUUUGUACAUACUACAUUGAUGCCAGGUACUCUAAACCGGAAUCAGGGUUGCCAAACUGCUCUUGGUACAACAAGAAUGCCUGUUGCAAAAGAACAGAAGUAGCUGCUGUGCUGGGCAGUAUGUUCAAGGUUGACCAGGCUACCAAUUCGUGCCGUUAUCAUCUUAACUACAUGAUGUGCUAUUUCUGUAGUCCUGAGCAAAUCAACUGGUAUGAUGACACGAGGUUAUACAUUUGCUCUGAAUUUUGUGAAGCUACCUUCGAGGAGUGCAAAACGGCGUAUUACAAAAGCGAACUCAUCGGAGACCAGUAUCGGGAUGGAAAGGCUUUCUGUGAGGCAAACAGCUUCCACGUGGUACCUGGUAGAGAGCGAUGUUUCAACUACGACCCGACUGUGUUUGCGAACGCACCACUUUCAGUGGGUUCCAUCGUCUUAACCCUUGGACUAUCAGCUCUUGUUCUCUUUAGUGUACUGAAGUAGCAGUCUUCUUGCAUUCCCCCAAUGCAAACACUUUCUGGGGGAUACUUCCUGUGACCAAAUUACAUGUAUGACUCUUUAUGUGACCAACCACCCCCGAACCGACAAUAAAUGACCCAAAAUGAAUUUAAAUGUGUUUCAUUGUGCUUUGAAAAGCACAUCCUAAGCUUUGAAGUAAUAUGUAACUUGUAAAAAAAUUAUCAAUAAUAGUCCUCACAA